AUAUUUCAAUUGUACGAGUAUCGACUGAUAUUCCUAUCGACAUGAAUCAUGUCGACAUAAAAGUUAUCGACGCUUCAAGAUGGCGAUGUUGAUACGAUCGAUGUCAAACGUCGUCUGUUCCCUGUUGUUGUGAUCAGUAAAAUUUCUAGGAUAACCUAUAUACGGAUCAGUAUGAAGUUUCCCAGUAUUAUUUGCUAUUUUACGCAAUGCAGUCAAUUGAUCAAUAAUAGUUUAUUAUCUACAGUUUAAACAAAAAUUAUCUUUUAUCUGAGGAUGUUGGAAACUCUACACUGCGGAGAAUCCUGAACAGUAAAUUUUCUUUACAGAAGCAUCUUUGGCAUGGCAUAAAAUGUCUAGCUUUCUGCAUUUUGGCCGGGGAAAAUGUUCGUACACUUGCAAUAAGAAGUUAUUAUUUCUGAUUUUAUUAGUGGCUGUGAUUGUAGUGAACAUUUUAUUGUAUGCUUUUGGAUUUUUGACUCAUUCGGCUGCAAAAAUAAUAACACUGGCAGAAUUGCCGAACUUUCUUGUACCUGCUCCACAUAACCUAAAGGAAGUGCGCGAUGAUGAAUUGUGCGACCUUAUGCCAAAAUUUGUGAAUACUGUUUUGCCAUAUCCAAAUGUGAAUGUAACGGAAAACGAUUUAAAGCAGCUGGAUAAACUAGACAUUAGUGAAGGCGGUGCGUGGAAGCCUCAUGACUGCGUGUCUCAACACCAUGUUGCUAUUGUUGUGCCAUACAGAGACAGAAUACAAAAUUUACAUGUAUUUCUUUAUCACAUGCAUCCCUUCUUGCAGGCUCAAAAGUUAAACUAUCAAAUUUUUAUAGUUGAACAGACGCAUCAAAGACCUUUUAACAGAGCAAAGCUAUUCAAUGUUGGUUUUUCUGAAGCUGGAAAAAUUUCUCCAUUUCAUUGUUUCAUAUUUACAGAUGUAGACUUGAUUCCUCAGAACUUGAAUAACAUGUAUGCGUGUACCGAACUUCCUAGACAUAUGACAGCUUACAUUGAUGUGUUUGACUACCAAUUGCCCUACGGUAGUCUGUUUGGCGGCGCUGUUGCUAUUUUGAAAUCAUAUUUCGAACGUGUCAAUGGGUUCUCAAAUACAUUUUAUGGCUGGGGCGGCGAGGAUGAUGAUUUUUUCAAUCGUGUUACUAGAAAUGGAAGUAGAAUUUGCCGAUAUGAGUAUAAGAUUUCCAAGUAUGUAAUGCUUUCACAUAAAAAACAGAAACCGAGUGAAGACCGAUAUCACCUAUUAGAAACUGGAGUGGAUAGAUUUUUGACUGAUGGGUUGAACUCAUUAAAAUACUCUGUACUGAGUUUAGAUAAACUGCCUCUUUACACAAGAAUACUUACGGAUCUCUAGAAUGUUGAAUGUUUCUUUACUAUACCAAGCUCAAUUGAAACCAUAACUUGGUAAAAAAUGUGGUAACGAUGAUCAAGUAUAUGAAAAUAUAAAUCAAGAAUAUGUUUUUCAUGAUUUAUAUUACUACUACUUUCUAGUGA